UUUUGAAUUUGAAUUUGAAUUUGAAAAGAGAGGGGGCGCGAGAGAGAUCGAGACCGUUUUUGUUGUCCAGUGUGGCAGAUGUGUUGGACAGGUGCUCAGUGUGUUUUCGGACAGCACACGAAGAUCGUGGAUUGGCAGGGAGUGAGACGGUGUUGAGACAGCUCUCACUCAUUCUCAGGGGAAACAGAGAGCCCUUCUGUGUGUGUAUUUGUGUUCAUGUGUUGAAGCACAGUAUGUUGAAAGCCUUUUGGUAGUAGCCCAGUGAUAAACUCUCUUAUUGGUCAGCCCAGUCUUUGCGUCAAUUACACCCCGGCAGCGAGCAGCUGGAGAGCGAAUAAAGUGAGAGAUCAUCUGGUUCCGCUGAGAUCCAGUAGAUAAGAGGCUGUGUGCUUUCCCAUCAAUCUACCACGGUGAGACGGUGAGCCUGCCUCCCCUGGAGAUCCAUACAGUGAGAGCGAGUCAUUGGAGAGUCGUUACGGCGAGGGAGUGACUGUUUGCUCUGGUUAAGGUGAUAAGAUACACAGUACCAGUCAGGGCCAGUAGCAGCGCUAUGAGGGCACAGUGCUUGGCGCUGGUGGCGCUGUGGGUGCUGGGCACGGCGUGGCGGGUCGGGGGCCUGUCCACCUGUAAAACACUGGACCUGGAGCUGGUGAAGAAGAAGCGGAUCGAGGCCAUACGUGCCCAGAUCCUCAGCAAGCUCCAACUUCCCAAACAGCCGGAGCCAGAGCAGAGCGGGGAGGGGGUGGAGAUCCCGCCUGACCUGUUGUCCGUCUACAACAGCACGGUGGAAAUGACCCAAGAGCACAUCCUCCACCCCACGACUCCGCCCACCUCACCGGACCAGGAAGAUGAGGAGUAUUUUGCAAAGGAGGUCCACAAGUUCCACAUGAAUAUUUACAACAACAGCAAAGACCAGAUGCAGGUCGACGUGAGCGAGAUUCGGGCCAGCAUAGGGAACGAACGGCUGGUCACCCGGGCAGAGUUACGCCUGCUCAUUAAGGACACCAGCAUGACCCAGGACCAGGAGCAGAGGCUGGAGCUGUACAAGGGCGUUGGCGACAGCGCUCGUUACCUGAGCUCCCGCUUAGUCACCAAGGCGCUUAACGAUUUAUGGCUGUCCUUUGACGUCACGCAGACUCUGAAGGACUGGUUGAAUGACCCUGAAGAGAAGCAGUGGUUCACGCUGAAGUUAUAUUGUGAAUGUGGGAAGCCAAUGGAAGACUAUCUCUUCAAAAUUGCAGGGAUGGGGGCGCUGCGAGGAGACUUGAAAGCCCUCGCUGGCAGGAUAAAGCCCCACAUCCUGGUGAUGUCACUUCCUGCUGACCGCACCAGCAAUCUCAGCUCUCGAAAAAAACGAGCCACAGCUGAAGAGGAGUUCUGCUCCACGAAUUCUGAAAACUGCUGUGUGAGAAAUCUCUACAUCGAUUUCCGGAAAGAUCUGGGCUGGAAGUGGGUCCACAAGCCAAAAGGUUACUAUGCUAACUACUGCAUAGGAUCCUGUACCUUCUUCUGGAAUGCCGAAAACAAGUAUUCCCAGAUCUUGGCUCUGUACAAGCACCAUAACCCUGGGGCUUCAGCUCAGCCCUGCUGUGUUCCCCAGUUCAUGGAGCCCCUGGCCAUAAUCUACUAUGUGGGCAGACAGCACCGGGUGGAGCAGCUGUCUGAUAUGAGCGUGAAGUCCUGCAAGUGCAGCUGAAGAAGAGGCACGCCCUUCCUCGCUCUCUCUGACUCUCCCCCCACCCCCCUCUCCCUUACCCUCGCGGUCACACCCGGAGUCAUGAGAGAGAGAGAAAGGGGGCGUGUGGGUGGCAUUUCAGAGAGCUCGGAGAAGAACCGAUGGACAGAUGGACACACAGAGAGGAAUGGAUUGAGAAAGACAGGUGGAUGAAAAGUGGAUGAGGAGAGGGACACGGGACACGAUGGAAAAAAGGUCUCAAUGUCCCAGGAUGCAUCACUGCACCUGCCAUCAUAGUCAGGGGGACUCUUGAUUGAACAGCAUAAGAACAGCGAAGAACUUCUAUAUAAAAUCUUUUCCAUAAAUAUAAAUAUAUACACCCCGUCUUCUCAGAUGUUCUUCCAUGAAUUAAUUUAUUUUGUUUUGCCGGCUGUAAUAUAGAUGUGUGGUGCGGUAGGAAGGAGGAGAGAGAAGGGGUGUGUUCUUCCGUUUGCAGGAAGAGGUCACAGGUCCCUCAGAAAGCUUUACUUCCUGCACACGCAGUCAGCAGGGGCCUGCAGUACACUGGGCUGGAUCGGUCCACACGGAGCUGGAGGUUAGAUUACACUGUGGGCCGGGCCGGGCCGGGCCUGGCUUAAACACCGCCUCCAGGCUGUCCAGUCCGUUACCCCAUUCUCAGACCAAAGCGCUGCGCCUACAGGUACGGGCAGCUGAGUGCAUUCAAAUAACAGGGAGGAGGGGGGAGAAAGAGAGAGAGAGAGAGAGAGAGAGAGAGAGAGGGAGGGAGGGAGUGAGAGAAGAAGGGAGAGAAAGAGAGAUAUAGAGAGCUUAGAGUACAGUGCUGCACAGAUAAAUGUGUGGAUUUUUUUCUUUUUUGGGGAUCUUUUUCUCAGUGUUUGAGGUUUUUUCAUUCCCUCAGGAAAAUGCCCAAUGAGCUUCGCUAUUUAUAAAUGCCACCGUACGUAAACUAAUAACUGAAAACGUACAUAAACUAAUGACUGGAAACAUUGACGGCAUUUAACCAAUCACAGCGCUCUGAAGGACCCCUUGCUUUCUAUGUUCAGUGGCUCCUUCUGAGACACAGGUAACGAUCUGAUGGCAGGAACCCGAAAUGUUUGUAACAAGAUGUGAUGUCAUGCGCAGAACCAGAAAGGAGGAAGAGGAGCCACAGGGUUCGGAUUGGCUGCAGGGCGUGAGAAUCCUAAAAAGGAGGAUGGGGGGACCACCCCUCUACCUGUCGCAGCUGGAACCAGGUGUGCCACGGGUGUUGUGGUGAUUUUAUUCACAGACUUUUUGGUGCUUUUUUAAAAAGAGUGUUCAUGUUUUUAAUAGUGUUGUCUUGUUGCUCUUGGUCUAGAUAUGAUUAAGUUUCUUUUAAUGUUAAGGGUCUGAAUAAUUAUUGAUACUUUUCAGUGUAGAGCUGAGGAGGGACGUAUUUUUGGGUAGAAUCGUAGAGAAUGUGUGUGCACACUACUUAGUAAGCUACUAUUUAUAUUUUGCUCAUCAUAAUUAUCUGCUGCAUAGGUUUAAAAAAAAAAUAAUAAUAAUUUACCCUACCCCAGUUCAAAGCACCUCUGCUCCAACUGAAAUAAAUAUCCGUCAGGUCCAUUAAGUUUUCAAUGCAAUGUCCUGAUUGUCAGCUUCUUGCUCUUUUAUAAUUUUAACAACAGCCAGAGAAGCUGUGGCAUUGAAUGGUUAUUAAAAAAGCUUCUGUUAUAAA